AAAAUGGAUGUAUUAGUAACCCUUUUUUAUAUUCUCUUCGCGAUAUGUGUCGUACAUCCUCCCGCGGAGUUCGUAUCUGCCGGUUUCACCAUACCUCAACUCUUCGACAACUUUCUUGGGUCUGAAAAUACGAAUUUUGUUGGAUAUCACAUGAAGAGAACAACUAUAACCGCUUUGAUACAUUCGGCGUUGCCAGUGGGGUACGUGGUGACGUUGUGGUGCGCCGGGCAGCGCGGGGAGUGGAUGUUAGCAUCUUUCGCAGCUAUGAUGAUCAUUCCCGGUUUGGUAAUUUUAAAAUUAGUCAGUUGGUGGGAGCAUAAGAGUAAACACCCGAUUGUGAAACCUCUAAUUCCUUACGUGACGCCGGGUAUCGACUGGAGAGUUAUAGCUGCCGAUUUGAAUACACAAUUUCGAAGUGUUGACAAGGUAUCAAUUCCUCUAAGUGCAACAAGUAAAUUUGUGGUCACACAGAUUUGGUUGAUAAAAUUGACCCAAUAUGGACUUAACCUUGUUAAACAGAGUGACUGUACAUUGGUUGCCACUGCUGCAGACAGACAUAACUUGUCAACCACUGGUGAGGAUGAAGUUCAAUACGUCAACAUAGAAGUCAUACCAACCAGAGACGAUAUUGAAAAAUUCUCAUUUAGAAUUUCUACAACAUCAUUAAGAGAAUUACAGCCAAGAUUGGACAGGGCAGUCAGAGUGCCCGAAAAUAUAUCUCUGUUACCGACACUGAUAGAAAGAUUUAUAGAAGUUUUCAAACAACACAUUGAAGAGAAUCCGGUUUAUAUCACAGAUCAGGAGUUGGAAUUAUGUAUAGGAUGCAUGCAAAACACAGCUGACGUAAAGUUAAACCGACGCUGUGAUCCACAAGAAAACGUUGAGGAACCUUACAGACCUUGUGAACAAUGUAACUGCAGGGUGCUGUGGUGCUGCUCGUGCAUGGCGCGCUGGUGGGUGUCGCGCGCGGGCGGCCCGCCGUCCUCGUGGCUGGCGGCGCGCGGCUCGUGCCCCGUGUGCCGCGCCGUCUUCUGCCUGCUGGACGUGAGCCCCGCGCGGCCGCCCCCCUGA